GGAUGGGCUCCGUAACCAAUGAGAAGCCUACAUGAGGGCACUUGAUUGGUUGUCACGGCCGGAUGAGCGGGCCGGGUGCCGGCACAACUUGGUUGCGGCAGCACCGGCUUACAUAGGGCGGAGCGCGGGGUGUCCUUGGGCUCAGACGCCGGGUUGUGCCUGCCGUUGUGCACUGAAAAUGGGAGAUGUUGAGAAGGGCAAGAAGAUAUUUGUCCAGAAAUGUUCCCAGUGCCAUACAGUUGAAAAGGGAGGCAAGCACAAGACUGGUCCCAACCUGAAUGGCCUGUUUGGGCGCAAGACUGGCCAAGCUGAGGGCUUCUCUUACACAGAUGCUAAUAAGAAUAAAGGCAUUACCUGGGGUGAGGAUACUCUGAUGGAGUAUUUGGAAAAUCCAAAGAAGUAUAUCCCAGGAACAAAGAUGAUUUUUGCGGGUAUUAAGAAGAAAUCUGAGAGACAAGACUUAAUAGCAUACCUCAAAUCUGCCACUGCAAAGUAAAAGUUAUCUGCUGCCUUAUUUAUUUCACAAAGGAGAUGGCAAUGGAAAUGUCUGUGAUGAGAUUGGUUUUUAAACUCUCUAUUUUUACAUGUAGUUCAUCUAAACUUAAAAUCUGUGUCACCCAUCAGAUAACGUUGCUUACGGUGGGUCACUGGAGUACACACUUCUUUGGCAGCCAUUAACUGAAACUAUGUAAUCUGGUUGAUUUAAAUUACUAUAUUGUUCAGUCAUACUUGAUCAUUAAAACAAAAUAAAAGAAACAUUUCCUGCCUCUUCGUUGUUUAAAAAAAUAACUAUAAAUAAUAACUAUAAAUAGUAGCUUUGGCAGCCCAACUCUUCCAGAUUAAAAAGCAGGGUGGUUUUUGUCAUCUUCCACUAUAUUCUGUUACAUUACUUCAAAGACUUAAAAACCCAGUAUAGUAUUUUUCUAAAUUUAAUCAGUGCUAGAUGUUGUGUUACAUAUUAAUUUGUCUAAAGCUUGCAGUAAGAAUGCAUUUCAUCUGACUUCUGUACUAUUUGUGAAAUGGCAGUUGUGCCCAACCACUUCUCUUUUAUCUAGAAAAAGCAUGUUACCUAAUUUAUCCAGUGUUUGACAGCUAUGUGCACCAGUAGAGUACACCACCUCUUUGGAAAGGUCUUCAUUCUUUAAGGUGUUACUGAAACCCUUUAAGUAAAUCUGAACACAGCCAUUCUUAGUGUAAUGGACAGAACAGAAAAACAUCCUGUCCUGGAAAUACAAGUGUUAAAGACCAAGCUGGGAGUUAUUGAAUCUUCUUAAUUCAGCAGAAGCAUUCACCUCAAGUCUGCCCUUAACAGGCAAUUUCAGAUGAAGGGAUACAGGAAAGAAUGUGCUGGCAAGCUGAAAGGUCUUACUUUGUGCCUGGCUGUAGCCAAUGUCAUAACUGCUGAAGGUUCUGUUUCGCACAAUGUAAAGCAGUAUUUUUAAUGUUUUAACUGCAUUUUUUUCGUAUGAAGUGAAUUGUUCAGAUGAUUGUAUUUACUGUGUACCAACAGUAAGGCGUAACUUGGAGCAAUCAGUGCUGUAAAUUAAACAAUUAAAAUUCUUGUUUGCUGUA